GCUGGGUUCGGAUUCAUCCGCGGGUUGAGAAAAACCCUAUCCCUAGUCGCCUACCCAUCUACCGCUUCGCCGCCUCGCCGCCUCGCCGCCUCGCCGCCUCCGAAUCGCCUGGACCGGCGGUCCGACAGGCGACAGUCCGCCUCCAGCACUCCUUGAUCUCCAACUCCAAGCUCGAAUCCCACCAGUCCGCACCGGCCGUCCUUGAUCUCCAUUCUUCAAGCUCCUGGAGCCACGCCUCAUCCUAAGCAAUGGGUCGCAGGAUACUGAACGAUGCGCUGCAAAAGAUGCUGAACGCGGAGAGGCGAGGCAACGCAUCCACCACCCUCCAGCCCAUCUCGGGCACCAUUAUUGCUUUCCUCAACGUCAUGAAAAGUCGAGGAUAUAUUAAAGACUUUCAAGUCUUUGAUCCACAUAGAGUGGGGCGGAUUUCUGUAGAAUUAUUUGGCAGGUUAAAGGAUUGCAAAGCUCUUUCAUAUAGACAAGACAUCAAAGCUAAAGAUAUAGAAAAAUACAGAAUACGAAUGCUUCCAACACGGCAGUGGGGAUAUGUUGUAAUCACAACUCCAAAUGGUGUCUUGGACCAUGAGGAUGCUAUAAAGCAAAAUGUUGGGGGCCAAGUUCUUGGUUUUUUUCAUUGAAAUAGUUGAGAUCAUUUCAAGCCAAACUUUUUAAUUUCUAGCAUCGAGUCCUGAGCGAGCUAAAUCAAACAGUCCUGUUAGUGACCUCAAGUUUGUAAUUUGUCUUGUUGCUCAUUAGACAUUGCUGCCAGGAAAUGGACCCAGGGCUGUUAGGGCAUAAGAGAUCAAUCUAUAACUCUCCAUGCUUGUUUUAUCCAUGAGAUUCUUCAUAAAUAAACUGUAGAUCAUGUGUGUCUGUCUAUAUAUAUUGUUAGUUUGGGUUCACAU